AAUUUUAAAUUGCUUGAGUUGAUCAAAGAAAAGAGCGAUCUAUCCGUGAAAUUAUUGUUAAUUAGUGAAAGGCCGUCAUUUUUUUGUAAUUACAUGAAAUUUAUUCUCCGAAGAUCAUGUAUGGACCAAGAAGGGUAGUUGUCACUGGCAUCGGACUUGUGACAUGUUUGGGUACAGGCACUGACCUGGUCUGGAAAAAUGUCAUUCAGGGAAAGUGUGGAAUAGUGGCCUUAACUGGGGAAGAAUUCUCCAAAGUGCCAUCUCGUGUUGCAGGAUUGGUGAAGCAUGGCUAUGAUCCUGGUGGUUUUAAUCUGAGUAAAAUAAAUUUAAAAAUUGACCUAAAAUCUGCAUCCACUAGUUCAUUAUAUGCCUUGGUGGCAGCCAAUGAAGCAAUACAACAAGCCAAAUUAGAUCUAUCGGAUGAAUAUACACAAAGAAGGACAGGAGUGGCCAUCGGAAUGAGCAUGAUUGGGCUGGAUGAAAUUGUUGCCACUAGUGAAAGGUUCAAAAUUGGGUACAACAAAGUCAGUCCUCAUUUCGUCCCAAAAAUACUUACCAACAUGCCUGCUGGCCUAAUCAGCAUCCAAUAUAAAAUUAAAGGUUUGAACCAUUCUGUGGCCACAGCCUGCACCACUGGUCUGCAUUCGUUGGGUGAUGCUUUCAGAUUCAUUCGCAACGGUGAUGUGGAUGCUAUAGUGUGUGGUAGUACUGAGUCAUGUGUUGGUCCUCUGGCACUUGCUGGUUUCUGUAGGAUGAGAGCUCUCUCUACAAACUUCAACUCUGACCCCUUAACAGCUUCAAGGCCAUUCGAUGACCUAAGAGAUGGAUUUGUCAUGUCCGAAGGAGCCUGCAUAAUGGUCAUGGAGUCAUUGGGAUCAGCCAGAAGAAGAGGAAUAAAACCAAUAUGUGAAGUUUUAGGCUACGGAUUGUCAUCAGAUGCAAAUCACAUCACUGCACCGUGUCCCCACGGAGAAGGAGCAGAGAUGUGCAUGUUGGCAGCCCUCAGAGAUGCAAACAUCCAGCCAGGUGCAAUUGGUUACGUGAACGCCCACGCCACAUCCACAUCACUAGGUGAUGCAGCCGAGGCCGAAGCAAUUUACAGAAUUUUUGCCGGUGCAGACAGUAAGGCGCACAAUGCGAUUUGCAAUAAUGUCAUCGAUACAAUACCUUAUGAAAAUUACAGUGAUAUAAAGUACCAACAACAAAUGACAGCCAUAAAGGGCCCAGCAGUUUCAUCAACGAAGGGGGCACUUGGACACAUGUUGGGUGCAGCAGGGUCCACGGAAGUUGCCCUGGCUGCUCUGGCUUGUAACAAAGGCGUCAUUCCUCCAUCAAUCAAUCUUUACAGCACAAGUUCAAUAGAUGUGGCUCUUGAUUUCGUAAGGAAUAAAUGUCGUGAUUGGUCUAGAAGUGGAGAAAUCAGGAGUAAGAGAAGAGUGGCAUUGUCCAAUUCAUUUGGGUUCGGGGGAACCAAUGCUUCACUGUGUGUUGCUGAAUUUUUAGAAUGAAUGCUUGCAAUAUUUGUUUUUGUUUUUGUGACAAACUGUAACUGAUGAUGAAAAUGUCUAAAUUCGAAAAUCAAAAAAACAAUACAUUAAAUGUUAUAUUGCAUCAAAAUAAUUUAAACAU